UCUGGCGUUCUGUGAGAGGGGACCUUUUGGAAGCUGCACUGAAAUGGCGCUUGUAGGAUUUGUCAUAUUCGUUGGAAUGUUAGUGACAGGUUCCUGUGUCAACCAGACGGCAUUGAUGGACAAACUGUUUUCCAAUUACAAAAGCGAAAUGCGGCCAAUAUGUGGACAGGAUGUUCCUAUAGAAGUUCAAAUUGGAAUCGCUAUCAGACAGGUCAUUGAUCUGAAUGAGCCUAAACAGGUACUGACUGUCAACGCCUGGAUUCGAUUGAAGUGGUUCGACUGUCAGAUAAAAUGGAAUGCCAGUGAGUAUGGGGGCAUCUCAAUACUUAACCUCCCAUUUGAGAAAGUUUGGACACCGGAUAUUACGCUAUAUGACAAUGCCGGAAAUAUCUUUGUUGGAUUCAAGGACUACCGCCUUGUCCUCAGCUCAGACGGUUCUGUCACCUACAACUUCCCCACCAUCAUACAAAGCCUCUGCAAAGUCGACGUCACCUACUUCCCCUUCGACACUCAAACGUGUGCUCUCAAGUUCGGCUCUUGGGCCUCCCACGGACUCCACAUCAACUCCACUAACAAAGACAGCGCCGGGGACAUUUCCAGCUAUAAAGUCAACAGCGAGUGGGACCUGGUGAGUGUUCCCGUGGAACGACAUGUAGUGUACUACGGUUGCUGCCCGGAACCUUAUCCUGACGUGACGUUCUACAUCAAUCUACGACGCAAGCCGUUCUACUACGUAGUGAACCUUCUGUUUCCUUGCAUACUGAUCUCCGCUGUGGGUCUUCUUGGCUUCCUGCUGCCUCCAGACGCCGGGGAGAAGGUGUCGCUGGAGAUCACCGUGUUGUUGUCGCUGUCAGUGUUCAUGCUGAUUGUGUCUGGUAUAUUACCACCAACUUCGGAAACAUUCCCUUAUGUAGGAAUCUAUUUCUGCCUAACUCUGGCGCUGGUGGCCGCCUCCUUGAUCCUUACUGUGCUUGUGCUGAACGUGCACUUCAAAGGUCAACAUGGUAUUGCUGUUCCUCGAUGGGUCAGGAAUCUGUUUCUUGGUACGCUUGCGCGCCUCCUUUGUGUCAAGACAGACAUGUCAGACUUCACUGUCAAGAAGGACGUCAAUGGUGACCCUCAACUGAACGGAAUUACGGGAGUUUUCAAUGAGUUAAACCAAGAUCAGUUUGAGCGAAAUGACUCACGCGUCGGUGUAGAACAUUCCCAACAGCAGGCAUCUCCCUUGAACAAAGUGAUGGAAGAACAGCUGGGUGUCCUUCAGCAGAUCAACAAUCGGUACAUCGAGAAGGAUGCAGCUGAAUCUAUCGAGGAGGACUGGAAGAAAGUGGCAGUUGUGAUGGACAGACUGUUCCUUGUCUUGUUCUUCGUUUCGUCCGUGGUUUGCACGAUGGCGAUCUUGCUGCAGUAUGUUGGUGAUAGAGGCUGAGUUUAGGACAAGCUACAACAUCAGUGAGUGAGUUGGGUUUAACGCCGGUUUUAACAGUAUUACAGUUAUAUCGCGGCGUGUCAGCUUAAU